GCCGCCUCCUCCUCCUCACCCCGCCUCCGCCGCCUGCCUCCUCCUCCCUCCGCCCGGCUCGGCCUCCUCGCUCCCUCCCCUCGUGGUGGCUGGCUCCGGCGGCGGCGGGGAGGGCGUGCGCCGGCCGAGAGGUGUCGGCGGCGAGGCAAGGGAAGUUUCAAGUGGAAGGUCGUCCGCCGCCCGGCGCGUCCUCACGCUCUCCUCAGGCAGCAUCAUGGCGGAGCCGAGCGGCUCGCCCGUGCACGUCCAGCUUCCCCAGCAGGCGGCUCCGGUGACAGCAGCGGCGGCGGCCGCCCCGGCGGUCGCGACAGCAGCCCCGGCGGCGGCGGCCCCGGCGGCGCCGGCAGCACCAGCGGCCCCAGCCCCGGCCCCGGCCCCGGCUCCGGCCGCGCAGGCCGUCGGCUGGCCCAUCUGCAGGGACGCGUACGAGCUGCAGGAGGUUAUCGGCAGUGGAGCUACUGCUGUGGUUCAGGCUGCCCUAUGCAAACCCAGGCAAGAACGGGUGGCAAUAAAGCGGAUCAACUUGGAGAAAUGCCAGACCAGUAUGGAUGAACUAUUAAAAGAGAUUCAAGCCAUGAGUCAGUGCAGCCAUCCCAACGUAGUGACCUAUUACACCUCUUUUGUGGUUAAAGAUGAACUUUGGCUGGUCAUGAAAUUACUGAGCGGAGGCUCCAUGUUGGAUAUCAUAAAAUACAUUGUCAAUCGAGGAGAACAUAAGAACGGCGUUCUGGAAGAGGCGAUCAUAGCAACAAUUCUCAAAGAGGUUUUGGAAGGUCUAGACUAUCUACACAGAAAUGGUCAGAUCCACAGAGAUUUGAAAGCUGGCAAUAUCCUUCUGGGUGAAGAUGGCUCGGUACAAAUAGCAGAUUUUGGGGUAAGUGCAUUCUUAGCAACAGGGGGUGACGUUACACGGAAUAAAGUCAGAAAAACGUUUGUUGGUACCCCGUGUUGGAUGGCCCCUGAAGUCAUGGAACAGGUGAGAGGCUAUGACUUCAAGGCUGACAUGUGGAGUUUUGGAAUAACUGCCAUUGAACUAGCAACAGGAGCAGCGCCUUAUCACAAAUACCCUCCUAUGAAAGUGUUGAUGUUAACUCUGCAAAACGAUCCACCCACCUUAGAAACCGGAGUAGAGGAUAAAGAGAUGAUGAAGAAGUAUGGCAAGUCUUUUAGAAAGUUACUUUCACUAUGUCUUCAGAAGGAUCCUGCCAAAAGGCCCACAGCAGCAGAACUUUUAAAAUGCAAAUUCUUCCAGAAAGCCAAGAACAGAGAGUACCUGAUUGAGAAGCUGCUCACGAGGACACCAGACAUAGCCCAAAGAGCCAAAAAGGUCAGAAGAGUUCCUGGGUCAAGCGGCCAUCUUCAUAAAACCGAAGACGGUGACUGGGAGUGGAGUGACGACGAGAUGGAUGAAAAAAGUGAGGAAGGGAAAGCCGCUGUUUCUCAAGAAAAGUCACGAAGAGUAAAAGAAGAAAAUCCAGAGAUGGCAGUGAACGCCGCUGGCAUCCCCGAGCAGAUCCAGUCCCUCUCCAUGCACGACUCUCAGGGCAAACCCAACGCUAGCGAAGACUACAGAGAAGCUUCCUGUGCCGUGAACCUCGUCUUAAGAUUAAGAAACUCCAGAAAGGAGCUUAAUGACAUACGAUUUGAGUUUACUCCAGGAAGAGAUACGGCAGAUGGUGUGUCUCAAGAGCUCUUCUCUGCUGGCUUGGUGGAUGGUCAUGAUGUAGUUAUAGUGGCUGCUAACUUACAGAAGAUUGUAGAUGAUCCCAAAGCUUUAAAAACAUUGACAUUUAAGUUGGCUUCCGGCUGUGACGGGUCGGAGAUUCCCGAUGAAGUGAAGCUGAUCGGCUUUGCUCAGCUGAGCGUCAGCUGAUGUAUGUCCAGCGACAUCACCCUGAUCUGUUAUGCCCUGGCCAGCCGCACCCAGCUCCCUACACACUCCCUCUUACCCUUCACCCCCCCAGUCCCCAGCAAAAAUCAGAAGAUUGUGAAGAUGCUGGCUUCGGUGAAAUGGGAUCAUUUGUUUUUUUUUUUUUAAACCUACAACACUCUUGAGUUCUGCUUUACUCUCUAGCAGUCCACAGUAUGAGAACAAGCAAAUGCCGCAGCUGCACGACUCUUGCUAGUGUUUUUCCCAAAGCUAUUGAAUCAAUUCUUAGCCAUCAAUGAGGAUAUCCCUUAAGUGAAAAGCAUCUGAAUACUCUCAGGUGGUACUAUUUAUUGGCGAUAAAAGGAAUUUUCUAUCAGAAGCCUAUUUCUUCUUUGCGUUGUUGUUACUUCUGUCAUAAUACCUUAAUUGUACAUCUGACAGUACUGCCUCUUUUAUGUUGUAUCUAGACAUUAAUAUACUUAUAAAAUUAAGAUUUAUUAGCCAAACUUGAAUUCUAGUUUUAAAACUGACUGUGAAUUUUAUUUUUCAUAUAUUUAUGCAUAUACACCUUAGCUAUAAGAAGAAAAGUUUUGAUUAUAUGCUUCUUGCAGUUAAUCUCUUGUUAUCUAAACAAGAAGUUUCAGGUCUAUCUUUGGAGUAUUUGUAAUUUCUAAUUUUUGAAAUGACUGAAUUAAGAACUCGGAUGCUUCUUCUUUUUGGUUUGUUUACCAAAACACCAACCCACAAUUCUGAUUGUCUCUUGGGAGAGGGAGGUGCCUUGCAAACUUUCAUAUUAAGAAUGUGCCUGAGGCUGUUUUCCUUUGAAAUAGUCUCAGAUCUAAAACUUCCUCUAUAUAAGGUGGUAUAUGUAAGAUUUGCUGUAUUGGAACCAUGUAGAACUGUAUAAAACGUUACCAGUUUGUUAGAUUGCUAACUAUAUACCCAUCCCUGAUUUGGCUGUCCUUACGUGAUAGGAUUUGUUAUUCUUAAAGGUGAUAAAACUUGAAAAUACCAGAAUCUGAGUUUUACUUGAAAUUCUGCAGAAUAUCCAGAUGGAGUGAAAGGAAUGGAAAAGAUUUCGUGCAAUGACUGAAAGGUGAAAUGAUGUUCAGUUUCAAGAAUAAAAUGCUUUGAACCCAAGUAGCCCUCUGCGUGACUACACGUUACGGAUCUAGAUGCACCUUAGGGUUUUCACAGUUGGAGUCUGAGCUUCCAGGGAGAUAGGCUCCCAGGUUGGUACCAUUGCUCUUUCCUAGCUAACCCUAGAUACGGCAGCUCUUUAAUGUACUUUAAAAAGCAAAUAUAUAUUACUAAGAAAAAAAGUUAUUUAUAAUUGCCUUGUCAUAACUGUUAAGGUGUUCUAGAGCCAUUUGCAUACAAUUUCAUGUAAUUUCAUUCCAUUCUGUUGUUUACACAAAGAAGACUCAAAGAUGACUGCAAAGGUAAAAAGGACAAUAAAAGUGUAUUGCACAAGGA